AGAACUCCUUGGCCCUGCGCUACCACAGCUGCCCGUAGCCGUCACUGCAUGUGCAUAGGUACAUACUCCUCUCAAGCACCCACGCGAGCAUCUGUGAUACGCAAAAGGUAUAAACCACCGGCAACCCCGCCCUCUUCGUCCGCUUGUGUUCCUAUGCUACUCCUCCUUUACAUCUAACGAUUCUUCACUCACUGUUGUUACUACAACUUCAUCUAAAGUGACAAGUCCACAACUAUAUACUACUCAGUCAAGUCCAAACAACCUUCUCGUAGAGUUAACCACAAACAACUCUUUCCCAACGCAUAACAACGCCACCCCCCUCUUUCCCCACCCCCAUUCUCAUCCAUCUCACUCAUCCUCUUCAUCCACAAUAACCAUGGAUGACACCGGUAGCAACCCCCCCAUCGCCGGUCCCUUCCAGCCGGCCCACCCACCCACCCUCGACAACCCCAUCACCGAGGCGCCGGCUCCCCACACCACCCCCGUCGCCGGCAAGACGGGCCCUGAUGCCGCUGCCCAAGGCAUGGGCGGCGGAGCCAGGGGUAGUAUAUCGAGCGAAAGCAGCAAGUUGAUUGACGAGAGCACCAAGCUCUUUCCUAAUGUCGCGGGGGCUGCUUCUGAAGCAUUCAGGAGUGAGCGGAGCGCGAGUACGUCUUCGACUACUAGUGAGACGGGGAGUGAUCGGCCUAUGGGGAGUGCGAGUACGGUUACCGAGGUUCCGUAUGGUAGACGGCCAUCUCACGGACACGGAGGACAUCAUGGACUCUUCGAGGGCUUGAUGGAUCAAAAGAGAAGAAACGAUCCGGCUAGUGUUGCGAGACGCCAGAGUUUGAAUGAGCAGAGGCCGGUGCCGCAGGGGUUUAUUGCCAAGAUGUGGGAUAAUUGGGUACGCGGUACCACCCCCUGAUAUCUAAACAAAGUCACUUUUCUUCUUUCCGUCUCGUCAGCAUCGUCUUUUUCGUUUAAUCCAAACUGAAGAAGAAUGUCAAGAUGGAUGGAGAUCAAAUUGUAUGAACAUGUCAUUGGAAAUAUGGUACAUUGCAUGAGGGCAGGCACGACGGAGGAGAUGUAAUGGGCAUUAAUGAUUGAUUGAUUAGGUAUGCUUUGAACAGGAUCAUAUGUGCGGUGACGGUGGUUGCAACCGAAAUUUGUCCUUCCCCAUCUCUUUUGUCACUCUGGUUGUCGCAUUUUAGGAGUAUGAUGGUUGAUUAUCGGCCUGCCUCGAUUAUGGACUUUUUGUUCGUGUGUUUAUGACGAUGUAACGAACUGAUAGCAUCGAAUGAAUGCUAAAAGAUUGUGUGCAUGGAAUUAUUUCAACAUUAAAGUUUCGUUUUGUGUUGUCAUCAUUGAUCGAGUCUCUCCUACAGUAAUCAUGUACCGGAUACGGCCGCCCUUCGCACCUUCCCUUGCUUCACUCGUAAUCAGGUAGACUCAAAGGCAAAAAGACA